AUGAACUCCCAGAAAGUCGCCGCGGUCUAUCACUACCUGGACAUUGGCCGACUCGGUCGUGGUGAAGUAGUCCAUUUGUUUCUCAAGGAUGCCGGGAUUGAGGUCAAACAGGCUCGUUACCCAUCUGACUCGACUUGGCCUCAGCAGAGCGAGACUCUUAAAGAGCAAGGCAUUACGCGCACAGGCAAGGUGCCUUCGUUGGAGUAUAAUGGCCAAAUACUCACACAACAUAUUCCUACGUUGCGGUAUCUCGCUCGCGAACUUGGAGGUUAUGGCGGCGAAAGCAACUGGGAGAAGUACGUCGUAGACGCUGUCUCAGACAUUUACAUUGAUUGGAGGACACAAUGGGUUGCGAACCUGAAAAAUAAAAGUGCCGAGUACAAGGAUAAGUUCGCGCCUUGGUAUUACAAUCUCCUGGCGCAAUACUAUACCGACUAUGAGGGGCCAUACCUCCUUGGUAGCAGGGUCACUUACGUUGACUUUGCUAUUUAUCAAUCUAUUGAUAAUGAUCAGAGAACGGGAACGCUGCCUGCGGAUUUGCCUGUUUCACUUGUCAAAUUUAGGGAUACAUUUGAGAAAAGACCUAACAUCGCAGAAUAUAUUAAGCAGAACAAAUAG